AUGAGGAAAAGAAAAGUCACCCUUAGUCUGGUGAACUGAGCUCAAAGUUAACUGCGAGGGACAGAUUCAUUGAGUCUAUCCAGAGCUUAUGGUGAUUUGUGUUGACUAGAAACCACUCCAGAUGAAUGCUUUGUGGAGGACUUUGGCUUUGAGAUUACUGAUCUCCAUCUCUAUUUUGGCAACAAAUGGGACUGAGUCAAGUGGUAUGAAUGGGAAUCAAACAUCACAGAAUGGUUCAUUACCUGAGGCAGAAGUUAACACUACACUGUUGGUACAGAUGGGUGCAAAGGCUCUGCUGGGCUGCCCUGCUAUUCCAAUGACAAAAACAGUAUUAAUAGCAUGGGUCAUAGCCCCCAGAGGCCAGCCUCCCUGCAGAAUAUUAUACAUAGCAGAAAUAAAGGAGAUCGAUGAAACCAACUGUACAGACAAGAGAAUCACCUGGGCAUCCACACCUGAUCAGAGUCCUGACCUUCAGAUCAAUGCAGUGGCCCUCGGUCAUGAUGGGCUUUAUUCAUGUGAAAUAGCAACACUGCAGGGGAAUUUCCUAAGGAGACAUGACCUCCAAGUGCUAGUGCCUCCAGCAGUAUCCCUGCUUCCAGGGGAAAACAGAACAGCAGUUUGUGAGGCAACUGCAGGCAAGCCGGCUGCGCAGAUCUUUUGGAUUCCAGAUGGGGAUCAUGUCACUAAGAAGAAAUCACACAGCAAUGGUCCUGUGACUGUUAGGAGCACAUACUUCUGGGAGCAGAACAAUGUGUCUGCUGUGUUCUGCUUUGUCUCCCAUCCAACUGGCAACCAGACUCUGUCCAUAGAACUGAAUCAAGGUGUCACCAGCACACUGCAUUCCCUGCUGACCAUUCUCUAUGUGAAACUUUCCCUUCUGGGGAUCAUUCUGCUCAUCCUAGGAUUGGUUUUCUCCCAGAAGAGCAAUUAUUUCAGAAAAUGAAAAUCUAGAUUUCUGAAGCCCAUUAGUCUGAUGACACAGUACAAGAAAACAGCCA